AUGAAGGAUAAGAAAUUAUCGGAGUGGAAGUAUUUAAACCUCUUAAAUUUAAUAAAAAAAAUGGAAAUGUGUCAAAAGGAUUUGUUGGAAUAUCAAAGGAUGGAAAUAAAAAUAGAAAAACAAAAAGAUAAAGAUAAAAAAGAUAAAGAAGAUAAAAAAAAUAAAAAAAAUAAAGAAGAUAAAAAAAACAAAGAAGAUAUACAAAACAUGCCAAAAAAGCCAUACAAUCCAAACAAACAAAAUAUAGAACAGAAAAAAAAAAAAAAGAAGAAAAAGAUAAAGAUAAAGUGCAACAAUGAGACCCAAAAUAAAAACAUUUUAAGAAAAAACAAAAAAAUUAUCAUCCUCAAAAGUAUAAAAAAAAAUAAUUCAAGAAGGGAUAAUCUAACUUUAAGGGAAAAAUUAGAUAAUGAAGAAAAAAAAAAAAAAAUGAAAAAAAAAAAAACGCAAUUCUCUAAAACAUAUUUAAUAAAAAAAAAUAUUACAACAAAUAAAAAUGAUAUGAUGAAUUUAUAUAAUCAUUCUAUGAAUGAUGAUAAAUUUUUUUUAUAUUCCAAAAAAUUCAUAAAAAGAAAAACAAGAAAGACAUUUAAAUCAAAUGAGUAUGUAACAAGUCUUCCUCAUCAUGUAGAUAAUAAAAGAAAAACACAAGAACAAAAUAAUAAUAAUAAUAUAAAUAAUAUUAAUAAUAAUAAUAACAUAUUAUGUACAUCACCUACAAAUAAUAUGUUACCGAUAAAAAAUAAUUCAAACGAUAAAUAUUUUAAAUUAUUAAAAAAAAAAAAAAAAAAAAUAUAUAUACAUAUGAAUCCUAAAAUGUCACAAAAGAAACAUAAUAUUACUAUUGACAAUUCAUCUAAACAAAAAAAUGAAAUGAAAAACAAAAAAAAAAUUAAUUUGAAAACACAAAGGAAAAAAAAAUAUGUACCUAAUUCUUUCUAUCGUAUGAACGAAAAGAAAUUAUAUCAAAACGAUAAGAAAAAAUAUGGAAAAAUUAAGAUUAACAAAAAUUCUCUUUACAAAAUAAAAUAUGUAAAAUGUAAUAGGAAUAAUAAAAUAUCAAAAAAUAAAAUUUUUUUUCAUAAUACAGAUAAUCAUAAGAAGGCAUCAAAAGAUGAACAUAUAAAACUUAAAACAUGCAGAGCUCUUUUGAACGCCUUAAAUCGUACAAGUUGUAUAAUUUUUACAAAGAAAAAGAAAAGAGAAAAAAAUAAACAAAAAAAAAAAAAAUUAUAUAAAUAUAAAUAA